AUGACGGUCAUCAAGAAAGCUUCCCUUAUGUUCAAGGCUCCCUCAGGCCAAACCUUCACUACCAGGUUGAAAAUUCAAGUGAUGCGUCGGUUUCUUUAUGCGAACAAGGCGCAAGAAGAGCCGAAUGCGGUGUAUUGUGUCUCUGACGAAGCCGGAGAACCCUGGCUCGUGGCCCCGUCGUACACCACCGGCGACCCUGAUACCUAUGUCCUCAACGCCCCCCGCCUUGCUUUCCCGUCUUUACUCCACUUUGAGAAUAGUGAGAUUGGCUUGCGCACAUCCUUCCUCCUGUCCCUGGUCGAGGAGGCCCCGGUCCCCCCACCCGGUGGUCCAUCCGUCCCACGAUGUACGAAAAAGACCCUUGUCAAGUACAGUCCGGAGUACGAGGAGGUGCAACCAUGGGCCUGGCCCUGGCGCGAGGACGGGCUCCCAAGGGAAGCGACCAAUACAAAGUACUUUCACUUUUCCCCUCACUCUGCCCACUCGAAAGUACAGUACAUCGUGACUUGUCCUACUGUUCGAGGGACUUCCCAAACUGCCAGCGACCAAGUCUGCCUUGGAGGCAAGAAGAAGAAGAAGUACCUGAUACAAGCACCCCAUUACGACCAGGGGUGGGCUUGUCGUCUUUGGGAUCUCCCCGGUCUCCUCCACUAUCCUCCCUCUAUACUGUGGUCCCUGGCUCCUUCCUGGCUGGCUCACUUCCUCUCUAUACUUUUCCUGGGCACCAAAAAAACAAAACCGUCCUUUGCCCGGACAUUUCCUGUUCCUUCCUCCUUCACGAUUGCACCAACCUCCCAAUAUUAUCCUCCCCCUUCCACCCCUCCGACUAGGACGUACCCUCCGCGAGAGAGAGUUGACCGCACCAAACGAAACCCACUCUCUUCCACUUGGCUGCCACCACCACCCGCCCUCUCUCUCUCUCUCUAUCAUCUUUCCCUCUUCACACAUACUUCCUCUCGCUUCCGCUUCAGCCCGCUUUCACUCCGGCCAUCGACCAGCGACGCCUCGAGACCCACUUCACCUUGCGUCGACCGACUUUCGAGUACAGUGGGCGACCCGGUACUGCUCAGCAACGACCAUCACGAUCGCCUUGGUCGCUGUCUUGAGAACGACAACGCUUACGAGAAGUCGUACUUCACGUCGAACCUCUUCUCUCUUGCUAAACCUGGUGGCAUACACUUGGUUACCGCCGAGUCUUGUCUCUCUCAGCCGUUGACGCUGUCUAGAAAUCCAUCUUUGGUCUCUUCGCUUGCCCGCUACAAGUUCCGGGUCAAUACCGUGAAACUGGAUCUACCGCCGAUAUCACAAGUACAAACCCGGAGUUUGAGCGACUCCUCAUACUUCAGCUCCGCGUCCGACCAUCGGCCUCUGUACAUGAAUAGCGAGGGACUGCCGCCCUUGCCAUUGCCCGCCCCACACCAGGCCUAUUCUUCGGGUACUUCGUCUCCACGGGUUAGCUCCGUGGAUUCCUGGAGUUCUCACGCAGGGUCGCAGUCCUCGUUCACCUCGGCCGGCUCCUCUCACGGGCCCAAGACUCCUUCCCCUUCGUUACCAGUUGGGCCGGCGAUACCUGGGUCAACCGCCCAGCCUCUUGGAGGUUACGAUCACUACUCGACCAUGAAUCAAUCAGCAGCCGACAUGUACUAUCAGCAACAUAUGUCUGCGGGACAGGCGCAACCGCCUCAGACCGUCACUUCGGGGGGCAUGGCACCUUAUCACUCCCAGCCCCCGGCGUUACAGCCCAACCACCUCGCCCAGUAUCCGCCGCCUCCCCCGCCGCAUUAUAGCCAGCCGUAUCCGUAUGCGAAUGGGCUCACAUCCCCGCAAAAUGCCCCGCCAAAUGUACCGAACGGCAUGGGCCCGGCUCAGAACGUUCUUCCGCUUCCUGGAGCCAGCACAACCAACACAUAUCAGGGGAUGGAUACUACCGGCCAAGUUGCCCCGCCGGGCAUGAAACCCCGCGUGACGGCGACUCUUUGGGAGGACGAGGGCAGCUUGUGCUUCCAGGUUGAGGCGAGAGGUAUCUGUGUCGCCCGACGUGAAGACAACGGCAUGAUUAACGGUACAAAACUGCUCAACGUGGCGGGAAUGACUCGUGGCCGAAGAGAUGGAAUCCUGAAGAGCGAGAAAGUGAGACACGUGGUCAAAAUCGGGCCCAUGCAUCUGAAGGGAGUCUGGAUUCCCUUUGAGAGGGCUCUGGAUUUUGCCAACAAGGAAAAGAUUACCGAGAUGCUGUAUCCUCUUUUCGUCCACAAUAUCGGCGCUCUCCUCUACCACCCCACCAACCAGAAUCGCACGAGCCAGGUCAUGGCAUCGGCCGAACGCAGGAAACAGGAGCAAAGCCAGAUGCGCAACUCGCAAUCCGGCCCUGGACUAGCACCAAUUCAACAGCAUCAUCACCAUACCCUGGCUCUGCCAGGUCCACAGCAGGCCCUCCCAUCUCACUCGAAUUUGAACCGCCCGGCGCUCGACAGAGCACACACGUUCCCCACGCCUCCGACAAGUGCCUCGAGCGUCAUCGGGAGUAGCAUGGGGUCCUCCGACGGCUUCCAGUGGACGCCACAAUCACAGGGGAUUGGCGGAACCCAAGGCACAAAUCCUAUGUCUAUCGACACGGGCCUUAGCAAUGCGCGUUCGAUGCCGGCCACCCCGGCAUCUACUCCACCUGGCACAACGAUCCAGAGCAUGCAAUCUUACCAAUCCGGAGCUCAGCAGUAUGACAACUCGAGGCCCAUGUAUAACCCGUCCUCGGCCCAGCAUUCCCCGUAUCAGCAGGCGAAUCCUGCCCCGCAGGAUCGUUCUGUCUACGGACAUCACGAUGGAUAUGGCAAGAAUGACAUGGGUCCUCCAUCGUCACGGCCGCCAGUUCACGUGUCUGCCUCGGAGCAGAAGCCCGUCAACGGCAUCGUCCCUCCCCCCGAGCAGAGUGGUCAGAACGCACCGCAUGCCGCUGGGGAGGAAGAGGCUGAGCAUGAACAUGAGACGGAAUAUACUCAUGAUAGCGGUGCUUAUGAUGCUAACCGUUCCUCCUACAAUUACGCGCCGCCGCCGUUGUCCACGGAACACCAGCAUCUCUCUCCUGAAAUGACAGGCUCUCCCAACCACCCUCAAGCGUCCGGUCGCGCAACUCCGCGUACAGCCGCCCCGCCCCAGCCUUAUUAUUCUCAGCAGCCAGCAUACAACACAUCCCCCAGGGUGCAGCACCAGCCUUCGAGCAACCUCUACAGUGUAAUGAGCAAUGACCGGAGCGCGACGAACGGGAACGGUAGCGAUGUUUAUGCUCCCCCGGCUGACAUGAACUCCAUGUCGAAUGGUUAUCCAUCGCAGCAGUCGAUGAUGAAUGGCGGCGGCAGCAUGAAACGGGGCCGCGAAGACGAAGACGACAUGCAGCGCCCUUUAACUGGCGGAGCGAACAUGGAGAUGAAGCGGAGAAAGACAUUAAUCGACGCGACACUCCCUGCAGGCGGUUACGAUAGCUUGGCCCGGCCUGCUACGGCAACCGUCGCCCCGACGAGGCACAGAUAA